CGUCCUAAUCGUAACUUUAACCCUAAUUUUCUCUCCUCGCCUUGAAAUACAUGUUCCUUCGGUGAAAUAAAUAAUCGUUUAAAUCGCAAAAUACUUAAGAGCUUUUUCAAACAUUUCAUUAUUGAAUUAAAGCAUGCCUGUCAUUGAAGAAGUGGAUAGUGGAAUUGAUGCAACUAGUGCUUCAAAUAGUAGAGAAGAUUCUCCCACUACUAAGAAAAACGAUAUGUCAAAUAUGAUUGAAGAUGAUCCUGAUAUUGAUGAAACUCUUAGUGAAAGAUUAUGGGGAUUAACUGAGAUGUUUCCUGAAUGUGUUAGAAAUAUCACAUCUUCUGUUGUACAUGGGUCAGUAUCGGGUGUCAAAGCACUAUAUAGUUUAAGUCGCUCAUCAAUGUGGAUUUUCUUCACGUCAUCUGCCAUAUUAGUUGCUCCUGUCAUUUUUGAAGUAGAGCGAAUGCAACUGGAAGAAGUUCAGAAACAACAACAAAGACAAAUUUUAUUAGGACCCAGUGCAGCAGUUUCUGGAGGUGGUAUGCAUGGAAUGGGAAUGCCUAUGCCCCCACAAAUGGCUCAAAGAUAAAGAUUAUUCAUUAUGUAUUUAUAGAUAGCUCAUUGUGGAUCACUUUUAGAAAUGAAUCAUGUGUAAUGUUGUAAGAUAAAUGAUAUUGUAAUUAUGUA